UAUGGGGCUUGCGUGUGGUUAAUAAAUAAUAAUUGAUCUUGAAAAUAUUUAUGCUUCCUUGCCAUAUGCUAAAUACUUUAGUUGAUUUAUGAAUCUACUUAUGUGUUUUUCACUGAUCUAUUAUAUUUCACUCAGUAAAUCACUAUUACCUGAAACCAUUUUAUUUCCAGUAUACACCAGCUAUAGACAUAUUGAGCAUUGUAUGCAUUUUCGCAGAACUUUUGAUUGGAAAGCCUCUUUUCCCUGGGAAGAAUGUUGUCCAUCAAUUGGAUCUCAUGACUGAUCUUCUUGGAACACCAUCUCUUGAAGCCAUUGCUAGGGUAAGGAAUGAGAAAACUCGAAGAUACUUGAGCAGCAUGCCCAAGAAGAAGCCAGUUCCUUUCUCCCAUAAGUUUUCUAAUGCAGACCCCCUUGCUCUUCGUUUGUUAGAUAGAAGGUUGGCCUUUGAGCCUAAUGAUCGGCCUUCUGCUGAAGAGGCGUUAGCAGUUCCAUAUUUUAAAGGCUUGGCCAAGGUUGAGAGAAAACCUUCUGCCAGCCAGUUACAAAGAUGGAAUUUGAGUUUGAGAGACGCAGGAUAACAAAGGAAGAUAUACGAGAACUUAUAUACCGUGAGAUUCUAGAGUACCAUCCAAAGAUGUUAAGAGAAUUUCUAGAGGAAGCAAAGCCAACAAGUUUCAUGUAUCCUAGAUAUUGUUGUCUAUGGCUGUAGCCAAACUCUUGUUUCAUCCUUAUUCGUUGCAUUUCUUUAACCACUCAAUACAAUUUUUUAUAAUUGGCUAUUCCCUAAAUAUCUCUAUGUAACCAUAUUUGCUGGCUUUUUCUUAGUAUUUAAUUCCCCAUGCAAGUGGACUUUGAAAGUAGAAGUUCUUUUGUAAAUAAUUAAGGUUGAAUGAGUAUUUACGGUUGAUAAAUCUUUUUUUCUAUUACUUUACUCGAUUGUAUGUUUGUUCAAACGUAAUAAUCAAAGUUACUUUACUCCAUAGUUUGAUUA